AUCACCUCCUAUUGGAAACAAAAAUUGUUGCGACGUAUUCCAUUGGAAUACGGCAUGUUUCUAAAUAAGGAACUGAAACUUUCAAUAGGUUUUUGCUUGCAAAAAAAAUCCGUUUGUUGUAAGUUUUUUUUAUCCGAGUAAGCAUUGUAAAAUCAAUAUUUAGGCAGUAAAUACAUCCUAAGUAAAAGUAUUAUUUUAAUAUGAGCAAGACUAGCUUUAAGGACAAUUUAAAUGUAAAGAUGUCAUCGCCGUCAUUGCACUCAUUUGGGUUAGUAGCCAACGAAUUUUCAACCCAAUACGAACCUGCGACUAUAAACGACUCGGGUAUACAAAAUACAACUAGGCAAAUUUCUGGACGCAAGGACACCUUGGAGUACUUUAUCAGAUUUCCAUCACCAUCAACCGAAAUGAGCUUUGGCUUGACUAACAAAAAUGAAGAGAAAAAUGUCCCGAUCGUUAUGCUUUUAGGUUGGGCGGGGUGUCAGGACCGAUAUCUAAUGAAGUAUUCGAGAAUUUACGAGGAUAGAGGCCUUAUAACGGUUCGAUAUACUGCACCAGUAGACACUCUUUUUUGGAAACGAUCUGAAAUGGUGCCAAUAGGCGAGAAAAUCCUUAAACUAAUACAGGACAUGAACUUCGAUGCCCACCCCAUAAUAUUUCAUAUAUUUUCUAAUGGAGGUGCUUACCUUUAUCAACACAUUAACAUAGCAGUGGUCAAACACAAGUGUCCGUUGCAAGUUCUUGGCGUGAUAUUCGAUUCAGCUCCUGGCGAGCGUCGUAUACUAGGUCUAUACCGUGCCAUAACCGCAAUAUAUGGUAGAGAAAAGCGGUGCAACUGUCUUACAGCGAUUUUUAUUACCCUCACUUUAAGUUUUAUGUGGUUUAUGGAAGAAUCUUUUGCUGCAUUUAAAAGCUUUUUUGUGAAGUCCACGCCUUUCCACGCCAGCCCGUUUUGCGACCUGAAAAAGGAGGCAAACAAGUUCCCUCAGCUAUUCUUGUACUCCAAAGGUGACGUAGUCAUUCCCUAUAAAGAUGUUGAAAAAUUUAUUGGUCUACGGCGCGAUCAGGGCAUUCAGGUUUCUUCAGUUUGUUUUGAGGAUGCUGAACACGUCAAGAUUUAUAUUAAGUAUCCCGAGCAGUAUGUCCAAUGCGUUUGUAAUUUUAUAAGAAACUGUAUGGCAAUGCAAGAUAAUAGGGCUAUAACUAACGUUGAUCCUUGCUUAGUUUCAAGAAAAAAUGAAGGACGGUCUAAUUUGAAAUAUGAUUAAAAACUUCUUAAAAAAGGAACGGAAGUAACUAUUACGAAUUAAAUGUUUAUUAAUUUAGAAAUAAAUUAAGGAUUUAUUUUGGUACUAAUUCCACAA